CAGUACACGUUCGAACACGAGAGCGACAUGACCACCGUCGCCGCUGCCGCAGCAGUCGGAGUAUCGCGCCCGGUACGCCUCCGUCUCGUACAACACUAACUGUUUGGUUAGGUUUUUGGAGGAAAGAAAUUCAAAAAUUUUUUUUUUUUUACCACGGUACCUCAGACCUGUAUUGCCGCACUGGUCGUUUCUGCGCUUUGCUCUGUGUACGCGUACCGACCGAACGAUGGUGUUUUUCGGCAAAGACAAGACGGAUCGCCGCGAACUGCUGGCCAGCAUGGAUCAAAUCUCGUUGCACAAGAUCCACGACAACGCUGCUUUUCAGCACGUUCGUGACAACAUCGACGAAAUCAAUCAUCACGUAAAGGCCAAAGAGACUGAUAUCAUAUUUCUAAAAACCCUUAUGGACAACCCAACCGUGGAGUCUAUAAUUAAAGUUCAAAACUGUUUGGAGGAGUGCAGAACUUGUGAGCCGGUCGCCAGCAACUCUAAGCAAACGCUGAACGAAGUGUGCCACCAGUGCAAAGCGUCCAAACAACCGGCGGCCAAGGAUUUGCUGUCAAUUUUUACCAAAUUACACUUUAGGGCCCUGUUAGAGAUACACGAUAAAAUAGCUCUGAAGAGGUUAAAAAGAGCGUUGGACAGAUCAGACUUACCGCCGACCCCGCCGACACCACCUCAGCAACAAAACGGAACAAAGAUGUCCACACAGUACAAAGUAAUAGGAUUGCGAAAGAAGCCGGACGAACCGCUGGGCUUAACGGUCGAACAAGACGAAAACGGCAACCUCAUCGUGGCCAGGAUAUUUGCGGGCGGCGCCAUCGAAAGGCAAGGGCUGUUGAAAAAAGGAGACGUCAUUCUGGAAGUAAACGGCGAAAGAGUGGACAGCCCCGAAGAUCUUAUGAACGAAGUCAGUCGCAGCAAAGAAACGCUACAGUUGAGAAUCGCACCGGGGUUUUACCACAAAAACACUACCAGAACGCAGCAAUGUUACAUGAGAGCACUGUUUGAUUACGAUCCUUCGGAAGAUAAUCUCAUUCCGUGCCGAGAAAUUGGCGUUUCGUUCAAACACGGCGAUAUUCUUCAGGUACUCGAUCAAAAAGAUCCCAACUGGUGGCAAGCUAAGAGGGUAGGUGAAAACGAGCUACCCGGAUUGAUCCCGUCCCAAGAACUCGAGGAAAGACGCAAAGCUUUUGUCGCGCCGGAAGCCGAUUAUGUUCAUAAAACAAGCAUUUGUGGAACUAGGAUUUCCAAAAAGAAAUGCAAGAAAAUGUACCAAUCGAAAUGGAACGGUGAAUUCGACAAGGCGGAAUUGAUACUAUACGAAGAAGUCACCAAGAUGCCACCGUUCAAAAGGCGUACACUGGCGUUGGUCGGCACGACCGGCGUGGGCAGAAGGACUCUGAAAGGCCGCCUGAUCAACAGCGAUCCUGCAAAGUUUGCCGGAGUAAUACCAUACACGACAAGACCCCAAAGGGAAUUGGAAGAAAACGGCCAGAACUAUUGGUUUGUCGACCGCGAACAAAUGGAACACGACAUCCACGAGCACAAGUUUUUGGAGUACGGCGAACACGGUGGUCAUUUCUACGGUACCAACUUGGAUUCCAUACGGGACGUUAUUAACCAGGGCAAGAUGUGCGUCUUGGACUGCAGCCCAGUGGCGUUGAAAAUUCUUCACAACUCGUCCGAAUUCAUGCCGUACGUGAUAUUCAUAGCGGCUCCGGGCGUGGAAAUCAUGAAGAGCCUGUACGAUUUCUCGAGGAACUUUGGCUAUUCUAGUCGUACGCUAACUUUUGAUCGCCAGAGUUCCAUUAGAUAUAGUUCUAGGAGAGCUCGCACGUUAGAAUCGCUCGCUUCGAUUUAUGAGGACGAUGAUGUGAAGAAACAGUUGGAGGAAAGCGCUUGUUUACAACGAAUGUACGAGAAAUACAUUGAUCUGGUUAUUGUCAACGAAGACUUUGAUCAAACGUUCCGCAAAGUGAUCGAAGCUUUGGAAAUCAUCUCGAACGAGCACCAAUGGGUACCUGUCAACUGGGUCUACUAAGACAUACAAUACAUGAGACAUAAUAUAUACCUAGUAUUAUGUCGUCGAUACAUCACCAUUUUAUUUUGCUGUAAUUAAUACGUGCUACGCUAAACCGUACACCAAUUAUCUUAUAUCAUAUAUUGUAACUUUACACAAGCCAAAGACGACACUAAUAUAGUAAAUUUAUAUUAUAUUUUAACGCGCAACCAUAUUUAUUUUUUCGUUAUUGCGCAUGUUAAAAUACAGUAAACACGCUUUUGCUUUUACAUUUUUGUACUAAGAACUUUUGUUUUAAGAACUGACUAAUGUGUUCAUUAUAAUAUUAGCGAGCAAAUGGCCGUACUCGGAUUAGUUGAUUUUUGUUAUUCCAUAAAACAUGUGUAUGGUAAAAAAUCGGCUAGGAAAUGUGCCAUUCGCAGCCUACUUGUGUAAUAUUAUUUCGCUUCCUCCAUUGUUGUAAUCUCGUUUAUAAUAUUUUAGUUUACCGAAAUUAUAACACAGUGCACUUUUUGAUAGUUUAUGGCUAUAAUUAAUAUUUAAUAUUAUAUUAUUAAUACGCGUGUCCCGAGACACACAACGAAUCGUACCAUUAUAAGUAUUAUUAUAGUAUGCGUAGGCGAUAAAACACCGAAAAUUCAUUGUAAUUUUUAGCGGUGUGCCUAUGCCCAAAUAAUGUGUAAUAAUAGUUGCUAGUAAGUAGUUUGUAGACGUAGUUAUAUUAGUUAAGUUAUUAUUCGUGAAAAAAACGGAACAAAAAAUUAUAAUGAUUUUUAUUAUAUCAUAAUUUGUUGUUUUAGAAACGAAUACGAAUCCGUCCAAUAUAUUAUAUAUAAAUAAUAAUAAUUGUGUAAUGUCAUAUUUUUAUUAGUGAAUUAUUUUGUAUAAUCUCAUUUUUUUCUCGUCGAAUAAACACGAUAUACUUUUUAUACCGUCA